AUGGCAUCGUCCUCUUUCGCCCUUUCGCAAACCCUUGGAGGGAUCACCCACACCAAGAUUGGUGAACUUGAGAAGCAGCGCACUAUUUACGAAUCGCGAAAGGAUAAGGUCCUGGAGCAGGCCAAUCAAGAAGAUGAUAGAACUACGAGAAUCAACCUCCUCCUAGAGGGAGUUGAGAAUCUCAACGCUGAAGCUUUCAGAAGCCCUGCUGUCAAGAACAUCAAGCACUGGCUCAGCCAGUCAAAAUACGAUGUCUCUGUCCCAAGCGAGUUCAUGCAGGCCCAUGAAGAACUACUCCGGUCGCAUCUAGAAGUCCCAAGUCGGAAACUAGCACUGGGCCACCUCUACGCUCGGCUCAUCACGGAAUGGAUGACUGCCUCUCUCAGUGACCGUCCAGCCUCGGAGGAAGAAUCUUACGAGGUUUUGGAUCAACAAAAAGAGAGGCUGCAGGACCUGUGCGACAAGUUUGAGCGAGUAGUUUUUGAGCCGCUGGAGACUGAUGAAGUUGAGAUUGACCUCUACCUCAAUGAGCUGUUUCGAGGUGAACAGAGUGAAGAGGGUGUCAAGUCACUCAAGGCUCUGAGAGAGACAAUCGGCGGUUCUUGCAAUGAAAUCUUUGGCGAGAAAGCGCCGUUUGAUUCUACGACACUUACGUGGUGUAUCAAUGGGCUACUCGCUGAGGACUUGCUGAGCGACCAGAAACAGGCCAUUCUCCGAGACUUUCUUGAGAAACCGGUUGUUUUGGGUGAGAUCGCUGAUGUCCUCAAUAUGCGUUUCUCCAAUAUUGACAGCUGGGAAUGGGAUGCUGGCGAACAAGGCAUCCCUGUUCUUCCUCGACAGCAGUUGAACGGCAAAUACAGAAUAUGGAUGGACGAGGAUGUCUUGCAAGCAAUUCUCAUCCACUACAUCGGGAUCAAGUGUUGCGUUGACCUCAAACAGGCUCUCCACAGCUUUAUCUGGGAGAAUAACUUCUGGAGAUGGAACACUGGGCCAGAACCUAACCUUGAUGGGAAGCAGCGCCGCAUGUAUUACUUGGCUGGCGGAGCAACUACUACCUCAAAUCUCUCGAACGAGAGGAGGAGACAGUACGUUAAUGAGUUUUUCAUGUCACAGCUGCCGGAGGAUGUUGAGACGAUUGGGGCUGGUGGCUAUUCCGAUCCCACAGAGGAGCAAGAUACCUCCCAGAAGCCCAACAUUAAGCAGAGCAUACUGCGAACGCUCGCUACAGAGGCCACUGUACAGAAAACUUUGAAGGGCGAAGUGUCGUUGAUACAGACCGAUCUGGAGUGGUUCGCCACGGGCUUGUCGCAUACAACUAUCUUUGCCACCAUGAGAUUCUUUGGAUAUACUGAGGGUGCCAUUGCAUUCUUUAAGAAGGUUCUCCAAGCGCCUCUCAACGUGCAGUCCUCCCCCGACGCGCCGUUGAGGGGCAGUCCAAGGGUGCGCCGUCGUGGGGUCCCGAUGGCUCACGCGCCAGAGAAGCUCCUUGGCGAGCUUGUUCUCUUCGUCAUGGAUGUUGUGGUGAACCAACAAGACGGAAUGCUACUUUAUCGACUCCACGAUGACCUAUGGCUAUGUGGGGAACCAAUGCACUGCAAGCGGGCUUGGGCUGCUAUGAACAAGUAUGCCAAGAUCCUCGGCCUCACCUUCAAUAAGGGUAAAACCGGCUCUGUGUACAUAACAGAUGCGGGCAAGAAGCGAGAUGCCGACGUUGCGAGUGCUUUACCUAAGGGUCCAGUCCGAGUUGGGCAUCUAUCUCUCGACCGUAAGUCUGGGAUCUGGGAAAUUGACCGUGCGGAGGUAGAAGGGCAUAUGAAGCAGCUGAAGAAGCAGUUGGAUGGAUGCAUAAGUGUGCUGGAGUGGGUGCAGACAUGGAACAGCUGCAUGGGACGGUUCUUCAGUCACACCUUUGGCGAACCAGCACACUGCUUUGGUCUGCAUCACGUUGACAGCAUCCUCGAGACUUAUCAGAUGAUGCAGAAGUUCUUAUUUCCCGUGUCUCUAGAUUCAUCAGAAAUCAGCCAUGGAGCUGUCAGUCAAAUCAAGCACAUGAUAAAGGAUCGCUUUGGGGUAGAUGUCCCCGAUGCAUUCGUCCAUUUGCCUGAACGCCUGGGAGGACUUGGUCUACGGAAUCCCUUCUUGCCUAUCCUCAUGAUCCGGGAAAGCAUUGCAAAGAAGUCUCCAGCUUCAAUCAUCCAACAAUUCUUUGAUGCUGAAAAAGAAAGAUAUAAGCGAUACAAAAAGAAUUUUGAUGCUCUGGCCAGUGUCGAUAGCCGCAUCAAUGAAGCAGUGAAAGCUGAAGGGAGUACAGGAACUGUCAGCUCUGAAACUUUGAAGGACCUGCUUUCGACUGAGGAACUGGAGACUUUCUUCAGCUUUGAAGAAUAUGCCAAGCACAGGGAACUAACGAGCAGUGCCUUGUUGGAGGCUUACGUGUCGUUGAAAACUGUACCGGUUGACAUUAGCCCGGCUUUGGACUCUGAUGUUUCGCGGACGAUGAACCACGAGCUAGGCGCCAAUCUGAACAAUUCAGGCAGCAAGACGAAAGAAGUUCGGUGGGCGUUGCAGAUGUAUCGGGAUGUAUUGCGUCGUGAUUAUGGAGGUUUGCGUCUUGUAGACAAGGAACACCUGCCGCUGGGUGUGUUGACAUUGCUACGGAGUACAGCAGUAACGUGGACGAUGGUUCUAUAA